GCCGUGAAGUGGCCGGCGCCUGCGCACACACAGCGUUGUGGCGGCGGUGGUGGCGGUGAGAAGGCGAGACAAGAACAAGCGCCUGUGUGUCGUGUAGGGGGGGGCCGUUAAGCGAGUGGCCUGCCAUAGUGUGUAGACAAAUCUUCAACCUUCGCUCAUCUCGAUCUUGAAGAAAGUGGGACACACACACACUCACGCAAGUUGAGCUUCGUGCACAGCAAGCGGCGCUCGACCAACACGAGUUGUUGGGGGGAGGGACGCAGGCGAGUAGACAACAAGUCACCUUCUCCUCCUAACCCGGGGCUUCAGGCAAAAUCAGCGCAAGACACCGCGAGACAAGAGAGAGAGAAGGAUGUUUAAUUUUGCGAUUUAUUUGCGGAAUCUGUGGAUAGCCGAGGGCCGAGUGCGGGGCGGCAGUGGAGGCGAGGGCUGCGAAGUGCAGGCCGGUGCAAGGAGGGGGUGGCCGUGUUGACCGCCAGGCCAAGUGGUGGUGGAGGGGGGUGUGUGUUUGGAGUGUGUCGUGCGGCGCUCAAAAACUUGGCCAGCGCGCCCAGCACCUUUCUCUCAGCUGACUUUGUACUCGGCGCGAGCCCGCGUGUGUGCAGCUUGCCUUGCGUUGGACCCAGUGGGUAACGAUCGUGUUGUGUGUCGAUGCUCGGCACGAGAAGUACACGUGUAGCCUCGCGCUGAACUCCGCCCGGGGGCCCAGCCACUAAGCGGCGCACGGCGAACAUGUGAGUAGACGAGGGGGCCGGCCAGAGAGUGGACAACAGCCACACCACCAUGCCAUUGUCGUGUCGGGCCGCAGUGGCCGCCGGCCCUGUGUCGUCGACGUGCAGCCCGCCAGAGGAGGAAGAGCUUUGCACCACCACGGCGGCCGCUACAGGAUAACUCUUGUCAUCUGGGCAAGCUGUGCACGGUGUUCUCCCUUGGGACCGCUCGACGUCGACUCCAGUUGCUACUUGAACAACAACAACGAAAAGUUCAGGGCAGAGUUCACGCUUUGUGGAUAGUUUUUGUUUUGUUUGUUUUUUUUGUUGAGAAAGCGAAACGAGGUGUAAGUGGAUGCGCCAUCGAGAGCUUGCAGUGUUUCGUGCAAACUGAGGUUUCCCAAAGUUGGAGUUGGACCGUCAAGUGGUCCGAGAGACAAUCGCUCUCGAUGCCAGACUUGGGCGAGCUGGGCCUGAGAGCGAAGGCCGCGACACCAGACGGAGGUGGCAGCGCCCCGAGGGCAGUUGGGCGACUCGUAGCAUGGGGGAUUUUCUGGCCCCCAAACGCCGAGACGUGGUCGACAGACUUCGCCGACGCAUAGAGCAGUAUCGAUGCCACCACCUGCAGGCGGGUCGGCGCUUUGACUCCAGUCGCCUGGGACUGUUCGAGCAGCAGAGACAGGACAGUCAGCACCUGCACCAGCGGUGGCUGGAGAACAAGGCCAAGAAAGCCGCCAAGCAUUCUAAGGUCAAGGACACCUCUGGGACAGGAGCAGCCGCCUCCAGCUCCCAGACAGAACAUCGCAACCUGGUCACGAAACUGAAGCGUAAAAUCGACUCGAGCCACGCCGACAACUCAGCAGCAGCGGCGGAGGCUUUCCAGUUCGACGACAACAGCGACCAGCAGCCUGCGACCAAUGUGGGCGGCAGUCAGGCCAACAAGAGUUCCAGCCACACCAACACCAACGUCAGCAGCAGCACCACCAGCGUGGGAGUAAGCAGCGCUGCGGGGCAAGAGGGCGCCACCUUGCCUCACCUGUCCGUACAGAUCGUGCAGCAGAUCAGCCAGAGCCCGCAGACCAUCCACACCAACGUAACCGUCAGCUCCACCCUGCAGACUCGCUACCCGGGUUCCGCCUCGCCGUCACCCAACGUCAACGUCCACACCUCAACGUCGUCACAGCACACGCACGCCAACAACUCCGGCAGUGGCAGCCAUCUUGGGGCCAGCGGCUGCGGUACAAACGCUGUUUCCAAAGCCGGCGGAAGCACCGCCAAUCCAGGUGGCAGUGGUGCUGGUGGUGGAGGUGCUGGUGGUGGUGUUGGCGGUGCGCCUGGCAGCGAGACGAGCGUGCUGACCAGCAUCGAGUGCAAGCAGGAGCCGCUGGACGAUAUCCACUGUCACGUGUCCGCCGACAGCAGCGCCGGGUGCGUACCGGACCUGGGCAUCGACGAGCUGACGGACAUUCUGGACAGCAUCGAGAAGGACACCCUGAUCAAGGAGCUGGAUAACUUCAACGCCAUUUAUAACAAGGUGCAGCGCGACUCGGAGAGCAAUGCCGAGUCCUCCUCCAUCUUUUCCUCACUAGGCAGCUGCAGCUCGCCAGGACUCUGUAAGGCGGCAGCACCCUUCACGGAUCCUUCGCAGGUCGGUAUUCAGCCGCACGUGAGUCUGUCGGGGGGACCUCCGCCCGCUCUCACCCCCACCAUGUUCGAAGCGGCACAUCCGCUGGGGGGCCUGGGCGCCAACACGACAGGUCUGCCCAUCCGACCUCCGCCCUCACUGGUGGAGCCGACAGGCCCAGCUGCCGAGACGCUCAAACAGAUGGCAGCACAGCACCAGCACCAGACCUCUGCGGCAACGCCCUUUUCCUCCAAAUCCCUCGAGCACUCGGCAUUCCCAGACCCUUACGAGGCCUGUGGCUUUGGCCGCAGGAAUGGCUAUCCUGCAGCUUAUCAGAACCAAACUUUUUCGCCGGUGGGUGCUGCUACGGGUGGUGCUGGAUAUGCAGGGUACGGACAGAGUAGCGGGUACGAGAGCCCGACUCCCAUGGCACAGUACACCGGAGGCAAACGGGAGUUGAAUCCGCUAGCUUACGGCGGCACCAAGCCACUAACGCACUAUCCAACUGAACACGGGGGACCGGGAAACCAUGGCGGCAGCCCGCAACCCCCAGCUCGCUGCAGCAGCUUCAGAACCAGGUGGCCAGCCACUUCAGUCCCAUGCACAUCACGCAGACGCAGCACGUGCAGUUGUCGCAAGGGACAAGCCGCUUUCAGCUGUCCCAAACACAGCAAGUGCAGAUGGCGGCUGCGGCUCAGCAACAACAGCAACAGCAACAGCAGCAGCCAGGAGGGCCCACAGCUCUGUCCUUAUCGCAGCAGCAAUCCUUCUCCAUGGGACCGCACAUGCAGCGAGGGCAGGGUCAAGCAGGUCAAAGUCAGCCGCCUGCAGGCAUGGGGAUGCCGCCCUCCCACGAAGUGCAGUUUCUGCAGGACAAAAUGCGACGAGAACAACAGCAGUAUCUCAAUCGCCCGCCACCCGAGUAUAAAAUGCACCCGGGGGUGCGUCCACCGGGACCUGCAUACCCAGGAAGUGCUGGUGGAGGAGGGUCAGGGGGUUCCAGCACCCCACUGCAGACGAUGCAGAACAUGGUCAAUCAGACUCCCCUUACGCCAACGUCAAGGGAGAGGUGAGCGCCCCUGGCGGGGUCAUGACGCAGCUGUCCGCCGUCCAGUCUCUGGCCACGUCUGGCAACAGCGGCGGCUCGCAGCACAUGGCGCAGGGCUCGCAGAACAUGGCUGUAGCCUACCACCAGCAGCAACAGCGACCGCCGUCGUACUCGCCUCACGCUAAUGUCACAACACCUAACGGCGUCAACUCCACCACCAACGUGGCCAACAACGUUGUCACAAACGCCGCAGGCAGCAACAACGGCAGCAGCCACCUACCCACCUCCACUGCCGUGUCGCAGGUCACCAGCGGCUACACCAGCGCGCUCUUGCGGAACCAGCGGCCGCCCAACGUCAACGUGGGUCCCUGAGGGCCUCAACAUUUCACAGCCGCGCACUCACCCGGGCCACCCGGGACACAUGGGGCAUCCCCACCCGCAUUCUCACCUGCACGCUGAGUCGUGGCCGCGCGUGCUGCAGGACCACUCGGUGCAGAGUCACGUUCAGACGCACGCCGGGGCGGUCAACCGGGGAGGUGGCGCCACCUCCACCCUGGGUACCAGUCCAGUCGCCACGGUGGGCGGUAAUAACCUGCUGUCCGCAGCGUACGGCGCUCGUCCAGGCUCAGCGGGCUCUGUGGCAGGCUCAGUGGCCGGCUCAGUAGCGGGCAUUGCCAACGCCGGACCUAUGGUGGGCGCCCCUGGAAAUCAUGCAAUGAUGGGAGGGGUAGGCGUGGGGGGCACGCAGGUCAUGAUGCAGCAAAGUGUGCAGAUGUCUCAGCGCGGCGUCCCCAUGCGGCCGGGCUCUGGUGUGGCGAUGGGUCCUCCUCCACAGCAAGCGAUGCCCCUCACUCGGGGGGCUACGGCAUGCUAGGGCCGGCACUCUACAGGGACAAGGUGGCGCCACGCAUGCUCAGCAGUACGGGGCGGGGUCGCCACAGGAUGACUUUUUGCCCUUCUUUGACUCGGCGCAACCUGCAGGAUAUGACCCCUACGACCCCAUGGCGCACGGGUCCAGCUCUUCCGACUUCAGCCUGUUUGACGAGAUCCUGAGUGGAGGCAAGUGACGGAGACUGUCGUCUGUGUGUACCCCGGUUCGUGCUUUCAUGCACCCACACGCUCGGCACCCAGUGUUGGGAGGCUGCGUUGUGGUUCAGAAAUCGCACUGUGAGCUACCCGCCCCUCCCAGUCCCUUACACGCGACUGCCCACGCUAGUAAUCGGCUGAUGUGUGUUUCUUCCGGGUGUAGAGACUCACUAGCAGCACCCAGCCACCCGGGGUGUACAGCAUGAGACUCACUAGCAGCACCCAGCCACCCGGGGUGUACAGCAUGAGACUCACUAGCAGCACCCAGCCACACGGCUGUUGUAGUUGUUGCCUGCCUCCCGCCCACCAUCUGCGAGAAGACGGGGGGAGGCGCCACACUGGACGCAAACCACAGCCAGCAUGGCAGGAGUCCUCGCCCCGGGCGCCUCGUACUCACGACUCACUGAGCUUGAACUCAGCGACUAGAGAACACUGAGGUGGACAGGUAGUCAGUGUAGGUGUGCUGUCAGGUGUGACGGUGAGUAGGCACAGAUGUGACACGUCACGUGUCAGGUGGUGGGUCCACUACCGGGAGGUGUGCAGUAGAGGGGACAGCGUGACACCUGCGUCUGUGCUAGUAGUGUCACAGUCACACAGCUGUAGCGUCUGCAACUGUGACAUGCUACAACUAGUGCGUGACUUGCUAGCUGUCACUCCGCUGUCUGUGCCAUGUGCUGCUGCAGUGUCCGUGACAGUAUCCAUGUGUCACACGAGUGUCUGUUAACAGUCAUCCAUUGACCACCAUCGCCGUGGCCACACAUCGUUGCUGUCGUUUUGAAGAUGCAGGAGAUGAGUGCACAGUUGGUGAGCACUGGAGGUGACGAUGACUGUGUACCGGCGUCGCUCGUGUUUUGCAGUCAGGCUGCAGUUUCCGGUCUUCCUACGCCAUUGAACUUUGAACUUUCUUGUUGCUCUGGGACUGGCAGACGACCCUGUCAGCAGUUCCUAGAGAGAGUGUAAGGUGGUGGGGAGGGGAGGGGAGAGGCUGGCUGUUACAACGCAGGGUAAAGGGGACUUAACUCACGCAACGCAGAAUGUGAAUGUGUGUGCGUACGUGUGUGUGUGUGUGUGCACGCGAGUGUGUGCGGUGGAGGGGAGGGUGUCUUAAUUCAUCCAAAGUUCUUCCAUUUCUGGGGCCACAUCAGGGCGUGCCGAGCACUACUCAGCUUCCACCUGCUCACCACCGCCAGCGUACACCGGGUGACCACACAGUUGUCUGCCCAACGUCGGACAGGUUCGCCACCCGAGCGUCACAAGCACUUCAACAACAGCUUUUCUACCUCCAUUCUGACCAACAGCUGGGGGGUGCGGGGGUCCGCUUCUCUGGUGGGGGAGGGGCUAACUGUGACGCCACCCAAGACCACAGCAUCGUGCGCCCAGAGGGAGGGUGUCCACGUCACAGGUCAAGCUGUCGCCGUGCUGUCGUCUCGCCAAGCAGCAAGUUCAAAGGGCGUGUGUCCGCUGGGUGCUUGUGUACCGACAGCAGUGGGCAGUGGUCACCAGGAGAGUGUGCUGGUACAUUCUGUACAUAUAUCCUGUCCAGUGGGACUCUAGUACUGUUAUUACAUGUCUGUACAGUUGUAGCGCCGGACCCUGACAGUGGACGUUGGCACUGACACAAGUGCUGACAUGUCAGUGUCGCUUGAGUUGAUGAAGGCAAGUCCUCUGGGACCUUGGUACGAAAUGUAGAUGUGGUUCACUUGCUGGUUCUGUGUGCUGCAAAUAUAUUGCAGACUGCUUGUGUGUCUGUCUCUCCACCGUCUCGCUGUUCUCUCUCCUCUCUCUUGUCUGUCUCUGGCUCGCUCACUGUCUUGUCUCAGUCUCUGCAUCUCGUCCACACUUUUUUUUUUUUUGUUAGGCCUGUAGGUCUUCAACAUGACCUGAUGUUCUAGGGACCAAACUGUCACAUUUUGUUCUUUUUUGUUCAUUGGCUGACGCUGUGCCACACAAGGGCACACCGCUGACCCUGUCCCCCUGCACUUGAUAACCCUGGUUGACCCAGCCUUGAGUAUCAGUUCCUCCUGAUCACCUGUGUCUCCCCAGUCCCAGUGUCACCUCCUGUGUCUCCCCAGUCCCCAGUGUCUCCUGUUCCCCUGUGUCUCCCCAGACUGAGUAUUAGUUGGGCGGUCCGUGGUGCAGCGGUUAGCACCUGCCACCAAUACAGUGAGGGUUGGCUGUCCUGGGUUCAACUCUCGUCUCGGGCACGCUGUUCUUUCUGCGUGUGACACCUGCUUACAGGGCUGACUGCUUUGCCAUCAUAUAACCUUAGUUGCUGACUCGGCGUAAAAUAUUCCCCUCUCCCCACCUUGAGUAUUAGCAUCUCCUAUUCACCUGUGUCUUCGCUUCUGCUCCCCACCUUCACUGCAUUGGUUUUGUUUUCUUGUCACCCUUGACCUGUGUACAGACGCCGUUAACCCUAGACUAGCGACCUCUGACCUCUGACCUCAGAUCUCUGUAGACCGGCGGCCUUUGCACGUGGGAGGCAACACCUGCAGCAAAGCGCUGAGCUGCCAGUAACUCCAGCAUCAUCUGAGGUCUUCAUUAGAAUAAUACACUAAUAAGAAGGAAACGCUAGCAAGGGGCGGGAGGGUCACGAGUCUCCGCCACCGUUGCUGCCACAGAGGACCUCCUUGCUCCUUGCGACUUGGUCACAGCUCGGCAGGGCGUGUGGCGACACGCCGUGUGUCCGUGUGUCCGUGCUGUGUCAAGCUGUCACAUGUCACAUGUUGGUGCUAGGGAGGGAUGACCGGGCCGUGUCAGGGUCAGGGAGGAGUGUCACAGCGAUGCUGGCAACGUCUGCCAACUGUGUCUGGUGAUUGUUCACUGAGAGAUUUGUGGGAUCAACGGCUGCUCCGCGGUUUCUGCCAGUCGCAUCAUCAUCUGUUGUCAUCUUGCGUGCUGGUGGCGCCGGGUGCAAACCUGUCUCGCCCUUCAAGACUAGUUUUGUCAGCAGCAGGUGAAGAAGGCCCAGCAAACAAAUGGCGAGUGGGGGACAUUAGCAGUUGGUUGCCGUGGUCAUCAUGUGUACCUGGAUGUUCUGGAUGCUGCAGUACCCAGGUGAGCAUAGUCGGGUGCUGGCUGCUGACCCUGACACCAUCCACCAUCCUGCAGUCACAAGCGGCCUGUCACGUGUUCAUCACUGACUGACAGAAAAGGCGGUUGAGCUCCCAUUGCAAGCUUGUCAUCAGUUACCUGCACAGUUGUGACGUCACACAGCAAACCUGUCAUCGCGCCAUUGUUUUUCCUCCAGUAAGAAAAAAUGGUGGAGAACAGCAAACAAGUAUGACCUUUGAACUUUCGCCACAUCUUUGACCUCUUAAUGAUUUUGUUGACAUGAAAUACAAUAAAUAAUUGGUUGUAGUUUAUCGCUAACCUCUGUCUAUGGGUUAACCCUAACGUUAACCUCUGUCUAUGCAAACUUCCUCUUCCUUCAGUUGGUGGUGUGACUACAUGUGACAGUCACGUGUUGUUUCAUGACAGUGAGUGAGACUCAUGGUCCCUGUAGCUGGUGACACAUCAGGUCUUGGCAGGUGUGACGAUAGUGGCUGUGACUGAUCACACACCACUUGUAAGUUUGUUGAUCGACUUGACAAAGCCACCCGUUACACAGCAGCUUACAUGUUCAUCUUGUCGCCAUCUUGGCAGUGCUGACACAUCACACAACAGUUUGCGUGUUCAUCCUGACAGUGCUGUCACAUCACACAACAGUUUACAUGUUCAUCUUGUCAGUGCUGUCACAUCACACAACAGUUUACAUGUUCAUCCUGUCGCCAUCUUGGCAGUGCUGUCACAUCACACAAAAGUUUGCGUGUUCAUCCUGACAGUGCUGUCACAUCACACAACAGUUUACAUGUUCAUCCUGACAGUGCUGUCACAUCACACAACAGCUUACAUGUUCAUCUUGGCAGUGCUGUCACAUCACACAACAGCUUACAUGUUCAUCUUGGCAGUGCUGUCACAUCACACAACAGCUUACAUGUUCAUCUUGGCAGUGCUGUCACAUCACACAACAGCUUACAUGUUCAUCUUGGCAGUGCUGUCACAUCACACAACAGUUUACAUGUUCAUCCUGACAGUGCUGUCACAUCACACAACAGUUUACAUGUUCAUCCUGACAGUGCUGUCACAUCACACAACAGUUUACAUGUUCAUCCUGGCAGUGCUGUCACAUCACACAACAGUUUACAUGUUCAUCCUGACAGUGCUGUCACAUCACACAACAGCUUGCAUGUUCAUCUUGUCGCCAUCUUGGCAGUGCUGUCACAUCACACAACAGUUUACAUGUUCAUCCUGACAGUGCUGUCACAUCACACAACAGCUUACAUGUUCAUCUUGUCGCCAUCUUGGCAGUGCUGUCACAUCACACAACAGCUUACAUGUUCAUCUUGGCAGUGCUGUCACAUCACACAACAGUUUACAUGUUUAUCUUGUCGCCAUCUUGGCAGUGCUGUCACACACAACAGUUUACAUGUUCAUCUUGGCAGUGCUGUCACAUCACACAACAGUUUACAGUGUCAUCCUGGCAGUGCUGUCACAUCACACAACAGUUUACAGUGUCAUCCCACCAAGACAACAGUGUCAUGGCAUGAGGUGAAGUCCUCCAGUAGAACAGUUCACCCUGUGUGACCUCCACAAGGGCGACACUAAACUUUGAACGGAAGUGGACAGCUGUCCAUGGGCCUCGUGUCUGCUCGUCUUCAGUCGCCUUGCAUUUGCGAGAAAAAUAAAAGAUUUUGAUGAGUGGAGGAAGGUGUGGUGCCUGGUGCCAACCCAGCCCCUGGCGAUGGCAGGACCUGCAGCAGGUUGCUGCAACUGUUGAGUGAGGAGCAAACGUGGCCCCGAGUCGGGAGUUGUUGUUGGCAGUCAGGUCAUGGUGAUGGCACUGACAAGGACUGCAGCACUUUCCUCUGAUUUAUUGUCACGUGACAUUUCAUGACAUCCUGUGGAGUUGUUAGAAUGUCUGGCAUCUCGUGUCGUGCUCUUGUUGCCCUCAGACAGCGGCCUGGAGGUGCUCAGUGUGUAGUGUCCUCGUCUUAGUGACUGCUCUGUACUCACAGCCUGACAGGUGUCGCUGUUCGUUAGUAUGUACACCGAUGGCAGGUGUAGUCCUGCAGGUGCUUGUAAUACUCGAUACCAGUGGCUGAUACACAACGAUGGCAAACGUCAAAGUCGUUAAAGUAGACAUAGACCGACAGCAACAGAAGCAUCUGAACAUGUUCAUAGAUAUUUUUGAUUACCGUUGUCCGUUGAAAGUCACUUGCAGUCCCCCCCCUCUCCCCCCUCCUGUUCGCUACCAGUCGCUAUCUCAGUUCCACGUUUACCUGCAAGUCUACUCGCUAGCCUCCCGGACUCUUCUCUGUCCCCCAGUGACACUCCCCCUCCUCGUGUCCCCCAGUUACAGGACCACAAGAGGUUGACAGCAAGGGGUGGGGGAUGUACAGACGUCGGGUUGUUGCCCCUGACUGUGACUUGCCUCCCUGCUGAUGGCCGCCGUGUUUCGUUGAGUCGUCAGAUAAAAGAUUUGGAAGUUGGGCGAUGUUUGGAUUAACGCUAACCCUAACCAUAAACAGUGGAUAAGCAUGUUAAACAGAGGGUGGAUAUGGGGAGGUAAACAGUCGGUAAACAUGGCGCAGACGCCGAAGAGCAGUGGACAACGUGGCUGUCAGCGCCAGUACCCGGGUGUCCAGGGUGGCAGCAGCGUUCUGGCCUGUGUCCGUCCUGACCCUUCUGCACCCCGACCGACUGUCCAUCCUGACGGCAGAUGUCUGUCCACCCGAACAGUUUCUCCUCUCCACCCCAACCUCAACUGUUUUCAAGGGAGCGGGUGAGGAGAGAGAGGGUUGUUGAGGGGCUGUGUGGGGAAGUGGUGGGGUGGAGGAGGCGCUGUGCAUGCCACGUUGACUGAGCAGGACGAGUCGAGUGACGAAACAAAUCAGCGGAGAGGCAAAUCACACUUGACAGGGGGUCGAUAGUCAGCCCGCUUGUCUGGGACUGCCCGUCACACAGGCCUCCAUGGCAUCGACCCUCUCUCAUCUUCCCCAGCCUCCACCCCGCCCCACCCCACCGCACCACCCCACCCGCUUCCUUCUCCUGCACUCGCCGGUAGCUAGCGGACUGCAUUUCGCUCACUCACCGCUCUGCUGAUUGGUCGGUCGGCUGGCCGGCCCUCCCUCCCAAGAGCUGAUCUGACCUGCGAUCGAUAACGAGGCUUUCGCUUCUUCGCCCCUCCCGCCUCCACCCACCCUCCCCUCACCCUUCUGUGGGUCUUGCCCGUCAGUCACUAGUCUAGCCUCGCUCUCAUCCCACCCUCCCCACAAACCCCUGUUCUUUCCGGUUUGAAUUCCCUUCUGCUUCAGCCUCCUGACCGUGUUUGGCAGUUAAAGGUCCCGCCUGUUGCGUGGCUGUACAUACGGGUUCUCGUGCGCUUGUUGAGUAUGCUGAGUGGCAUGAGCUGGCAUGCGCAGAAACAGUGGAUGAGGUGGCAUGCGCACAAACGCGGGGUGGAUGAGGGAACAAGAGAAGAGCACCAGGGGCCGGCGUCACGGAGCGACACAAGCGUCCUGCUCUCCAUGUUGUGAAGCGGCAGCCACACCGCGGACACGACUUCACGGAGAACAGCGACUUACCCUCCCGUCAUAACUACCGCCCCAGGAGGCCUGUGGAUGUCAAGGAAUGGCCAGUGAAUGACCACGUGACCAAGUUGUUGACAUAUCGGGGUAGACUGGUCAUUACAGAUCACGAGGCUGUCUUGCAGUGUGUGUCAAGACAGAGAGGUCAGGGUUCAUAUGUUGCUGUCGUGGCUGGCAGGCAGGAAUUGUAAAGUGAUAUCCUCUCCCUCCACCUUUCAUAAGUCUGACCCUUCCCUAGUGUAGCGAGUCAGCAGCCCAGUGGACAGCGGGGUCAGCUGAGGGAGGUUAGCGGGGUCAGCGGAGGGAGGUUAGCGGGGUCAGCGGAGGGAGGUCAGCUGAGGGAGGUUAGCGGGGUCAGCGGAGGGAGGUUAGCUGUGUCGGGUGGUUGUCGACCCGACUUGUGCUGUACCUUCACAGUGGGCCAGCCACCAUCCCCCUCCGGGUGGUCGUGCAGGUUUCGGUCGUCACGGUAGGUCAUGGGAAGCCCGGGUGUGCACCAGGCCCCAGUCUCCAGUUCCAACAGUUCUAUGAGAGAGGCUGGGUGUCCCCUCCUUGUCAUCCCUGUAACGAGAAUCAGUCCGGGGUUCGAACCUGAUGUCGGGACACACACGUCUCUCUCAGUACACCUGUUCCCUGCUCUCUCUUGUUCACUCACUCGCUCUUUCAGGCUUCCUUUUGAUUCUCCUCCUCUUUUACCCCGCGAGGUGCCAAAUUUGCAUGAUUGGUUUUAAUUAUUAUUUUAUUAUUAUUAUUAUUAUUAGAUCAAUUUCCAGCUUGGUGGGAACAAGAGUGAGGGCUGACCUAUGAUCAAGCCGAAGCGGGGUGCGAGUACCCUCACCUGUGUGUGGCUGGUGCUGCUUUCAGCCUGUGAAGUCUGCUAGCGGUUGAGCCACUCGAUUGCACCCCUUGUGUAUAAUCUUUAGGGUACAUCACGUGACUUCUUUUCCUUCAGUUGUCGCUCACCUGCCGACCUUCAGGGGUCAGUACUUUAAACACUCGGUGCACUAUUGGGGGCUAGACACAUCGUGCUAGCAUGGUGCUAGUGAGUCCUGCUAGCAUGAUGCUAGUGAGUUGCUUUGUGACAGGGUGGUUCCUGCCUAAUCAGGGUGUGUGUCAGUUGAUGAGACGCAGUAUUUCAAGGCCCUUGUUCACCAGACACCUGCCCGAUACACACCUGAACCUCCCUCCCCCGUAUCUUUGUAACGGUUUUACUCAAGAUUUAAAUUGUGUGACGUAUUAGAUGCACUCGCUCAAAGAACUCGUCAUCGUUCUGUCGGUUAGCGUCACUCUAGCAACGCGACCUCUGUCAACUCUGUGCUCACAAGACAGUCUGGCAGUGGCGUGACACACACAGGGUCACAAAAGAGGGUCGUGACCCCAGGUCGCAGUCAAAGUGUAACUGUGGUGACAAGUCACAGCACAAUGGUUUACACAGACUGUGGACAACAUGUCUGCCCGCUUGCUGGCCAGUUCGUUCUGGUUCCUACUCGGGGCAAGUGGCACCGCUUGCCUCCUCACCUGGUCUGUUCCACUCAGUCCCCAGUGUCCCCACCUGUACCCUCCACCCCCAGUGUCCCCACGUGUACCCUCCACCCCCAGUGUCCUCACCUGUACCAGUGGCCGACCCUACUACCACCCAGCCACCCUGCACGCCCCAGUGACAGCGACAAAUCAUUUCUCUCUGGGUUCUGUCCUCGGGGUCAUUGUGUGCUUGUAUUCUUGCCUUCUUCCAUUCUCGCCUCUAGCGACUGUCAGCUGUGUAGCCCUGUCAUUGACGCGUGAUUUUUGUAAAUCAAGAGAACGUUUUGUACACUAUGACCUAUGACCCUAGAGGGUGGCAUCGUACGUCAGGACUCGUAUAUCAAAUGUCAUUUACAGAUACAAUAAAAUUCUUUAUUCAUUUGUUA